GAAGAAGCCUCGUCGCACUUAUCCGCGCACGUCUUAGUUUCAUAGCGCAUCAUUGGUUGAGCCUCUCACAUCCCCGCGUGGCGCCCUAAGCGAGGCGUUCAGGCGACCCUUUGGAUACGGAUCUAGAUCGUGAGAGAUAGAGGAGUGUUGAAAGCGGAGUCUGUAUGGCAAGGCUAUGGCCGAAUCGGUGGUCCUCCGGCGUAGCUGGAUCAGCUUUCAGCACCUGAAUCUCCGCCACGGCGAUCAUGUCUACUAUUCCAUGGUCAUCACCGGGACUACGCCUAUUAUCAGCAGAAUAGGGCACACCACAGCGAAGAACACCCAGAGCUUGCUCUCUCCUGGCAAGAAAUCACCUCCCAUGGACAUGAUACCCGCGACCACGGACAAAGGCACAAAAAGCGUACCCAAUACUGUGAGCCAACGCACAGAGUUGGCUUGCGCAUUACUCGCCUGUGCCUCUCUUAGCGCGAUAACCUGGGUGUAUGAAUCGGUCUAAUACUGGAACAUCUCCUGUAAAUCGAUACAACUGAUACGCAAGAGUCGCCAUAUCUGCGCCUCUCGUUUGCCAACAAAGCCAUAACUUUGCGCAUCUUCA